AUGGCAAACCGCUUUGGAAAAAGUAAUUGGCAAGAUGUCGACCGGCUGAAUCUGAUGAAGGUGUGCCUGAAGUACCAGAAGUGGGACGAACGUUUGCGUGAAAUGCGAGCCACCUAUCCAAACAUCCCGCUAGGAUACUUCACGGAGAACUCAUGUCGUGAGGAACUAGAGAGAAUCAUGUCACUGCCAACACCCAACGUUCGACUGGAUGUUUCGAAUACAUUCGUUUACAGUAGGAAAAUCAUAAUGGAGAAGUGGAUUGACCAUUUGAAAGCGGAAGUGAAAAAGUCCCAAGACUCGGAACUGGAACUGUACUUGGUGAAGCUCAGAAGCAACUUUAGUUUGCUGAAAGAACUUGUUACUCCAGGGAUUACGGAGAAGAGAAAGGAUGAGCUUUUUGCGAUACUACAACCAAUUGCUGAACAGAAAAAGAAUGAUGAUUCCUUCAAAAGAGUGAUUGGUUCUUUAAACUUGGCCGCCACUGAUAUUUUGAGUAAAAACCCUGCAAUAGAUUUAUCAAACAUCGAAUUACCACCUUCAAAAGAACCUGAUGAAGAAAUGGAUACUGGAACCAAUGACUUCCUUACACCUGCAACUUCAGCCGAGACAUAUGAUAUGUCGUUCUUCUCUCCUCCUCGAAAAAGACUCACUCUGGCUGAGGCUCUUGCGGAGGCUGUUCCAAUUCCAGCACCUCCCCCUGUUCCUGUAUUCGAAGAAAUGCCAGACGAUUUUCUGGAACCUCCCGCGCGGUCACCAAUUCGGGAAGAAGAAAUGCCAAGUUCUCCGAGAAAGAAUGUCGUUCCGGAUUCUCCGAUAAAAAAGCCAACAGAAGAAACUUCGAAGAAGCGUAUUCCGGCAGAGGUUUUGUCAGUCGAAUCUUCACAAGUUACGCCGUAUACACCUGAACAACAAGCUCUACAAUCUCCGAAACAGGAUGCAUCGGAAGCAUCUUCUAAGCAACCAGCCUCAUCUCCAAAUAAGCAAAUUGUGACACCAUCGAGUGAACAACAACCGACUUCGAGUGGUCAACCGAUUGCACCGUCAAGAACUGCUCAGAGGACUGCAAGAAAGAUAGAAUCGUCAGUAUUGGAAGUAAAAGUUGAAGAUAUUAAAAAAGAAGAAGCGACACCUUCUCCAUUGCUAGAUUCCACUCCAGCACCUUCAGAACGGCCUGUUGCUUCUUCUCCGAGCUUGCGCUCACGUGCCCGUCCAAGACAUAGUUCACAUUCUUCGUCAACCACGAAGAAGAACGAUGAUUCCUCCGAAACCUUGAAAGAAGAAACUCCUGAGCCUUCAGCAGUUCCACCGAGAAGACGUCUUCAAGAACGAUCACAAGAGCCAACAAUUCCCGGUUCCUCAAGGAAACGCAACGCUCGUAAACCCCAUGAAGACAGUCCAUCGAUUCCUCCACUUUCUCGUUCGGAAAGUGGCGUGGAUUUGCUAGCUGCUUCUCCAUUGAAUUUGCCGUGUCGCGAAAUUGAAGUUCAAACUGAAAUCACCAUUCGUGAAGCUGUUGAAGAAGUGUCGAUUGGCGAGCGACGUCGUACUCGGGGUGUGCAGCAGCCUGUCCGCAAGGGCAGGAAAUCACAGGCUCCCACAGAGGCUGCUCGUUCAAUGUCUCGUGCAUCUUCUGCGUCAACUUCUGUCAUCAGAAACCAGACACGCCACAUCGCAGUCCAGACAAGUCCUCGUUUUGAGCUGGACGAAAAAGAGAUUAUUUUAUUCCAUGUCGACAUUCAUCCGAAGUACUCACUUCCUGUCGCUGACCACGAGUCGACUUUACAACAAAUCAAUGUCGAAACUUGCAAUGAAAUCGACAGAGAGAAUGCCGCCCGUGCUGAACAAAAAACAGAAGUUGUAGAUUCGACAGAAGACGAAGAAAUCACAGUUGUCGUUGAAACAGAUGAACCGGCCGGAAAUAAGCUAAAAUCAGACCUUGGAUUUGAAGUAGCUUCAGCAAUGUCUGAUCAUCGCUAUGUCCGCAUCUCUGCUGGUUUGCGCGACGUUACUUCGCAAUCACGAAAUCGUGAUAAAACUGCUGAAGCGGCAAUGAAGGCCAAUCUAAUGAAACGCUGGGAUACCAUAGAAAGACAUCCAUGCGCCGAACCGUUCAGAGAGCCCGUGCCUGAAUGUGAAGAAGAAUACGGUUUGGGUAUUCACGAAAAAGUCGAUUUAUCAGCGAUUAGAAGAGAUAUUGAUACCGGAGUGGUCGACGGACUAACUUUAUUCUUACUUCGAACCUAUCGCAUGUUUUCAAACGCUGUCAUGUUCAAUGGGUACGAUCAUGAUGUCGCCUUACAGGCAAAAGAUAUUCACUGUAGCACGAUGAAACUAAUGGUACAGGAAAUUGCUGAAAAAUCGAAGAAAGGCCACCCAUGUUCGGUGACCACCUAUUCGAGAGAUCAGAGUAUUGACCAGGAAGGACCUAGUACGCCAUUAGCAGAAAGGGAAGUAUCGAUUCCGCACAGUAUCGAAGGAUCUUCAACAAAAAUUUCUCGCAGGGAGCAAAGCACCGAAGGUGCAGCGACACCCACCGGAAGCCGAAGACUAAAAAGACAAAAACCAGCCAAAUAA